UCAGUCAAAUUUUUUUUCCGAAUUUACGGAAUACGAAGUGAGUUCCGUAAUUUUAUAGUAAUUAAUUGUACUUAAAACUUUAAUUACAAUGUCAGAAAAUAAGGAUGUUGCAAAAAGUGACGUUGAUCCCGAGCUCGAUGAUUUAUUGGACAGUGCCUUACAAGAUAUGACGAAGAAACCAGACCAGAGCUCCCAACCUGAGGAUGGUGUGGCAGCUCAAAACAUGUGGAGUGAAGAUUUUAUUAAGGAGGCUGCCGCUCAGUUUGAGAGCAAUAUGGCGGCCAUCCUCGGCGGAUUUAGUGGUGUACCAGAGGACCAAAUAACUCAAGAACAGAUAGCACAAACGUUUUCAAAAAUGGCAGAAGCAGCAGCACAAGUAUUAAACCCUCCGACUGAAGUUAGUGAGAAUGAACCCGCACCGAGUGAUCCAGUUGUACAAGAGAAAAUCGAUGAAGUAUCAGCGGCCAUAUCACAGACUUUACAAAACUUGAAUACAAACACGGAGACACUGCAGACGCCCUUCUCCGAACAGGAUCUAGCGAACAUGUUCAAUAAUUUCAAUGUCAAUGACGGGAACCAGGAUGGCAACAUGUUCGUUCCGUUCAUGCAAGGUAUGAUGCAGUCAUUGCUUUCAAAGGAAGUGCUGUACCCGUCGCUGAAAGAACUCCUCGACAAAUAUCCCACCUGGUUAGCGGAGAAUAAGGGAAAGGUUGAACAAAGCGAAUAUGAAAGGUUCGAGAAGCAGCAAUCUCUUAUGCAACAAGUGUGCGCUGAGCUCGAACCGGAACAGGAGUCAGACCCUGAGGAUGUCAAGCGGAAGCGAUUCGAGACUGUACUAAAAUUGAUGCAACAGAUGCAAGACCUCGGUCAGCCCCCCACAGAGCUGGUGGGAGACAUAUCAGUGCCCCCCGAGGGUUUCAUCGCACCAACUAAUCAAGAUUCACAAUGUUCAAUUAUGUAGUCUAUAGUUAACUCUGUGCUUUUGUGAUCGUUUUCAAUAAAACCGUGAUCGUCAUCAAUAAAUUGUUAUUGCCUUCGAUCAUAGUUAUCGCA